AUGGCCACGGCCUCCACGGGCCCCGCGGGCCCCACGGCCCCCCAGGCUGGCAGCAUCUCCGACCCCCCCACCGGCAUCUCGGUCCACGGCUUCUCGGAGCGGAUCCUGGAGACGCUGGUCCACUUCCACGUGAUGACGCUGCGCGGCGGCUUCUUCCUGUGGGUCGGUUCUGCUCCGGUUCUGUCCAAACUGGCCGUGUCCAUGAGCAGCAGAUACGACUCGAUGCCGUUGUCCACGUUAGUGAUGGGAGACCCGUCGAACACCGCUGCCACCUCACUGGCCCAGAGAUUAGGGCUGGUUCUAGUUCACAACUCUACAACUCAACUCAACUGGGAACCAGCUGAGAAUCGGUUUACUUUUCCUUAUCUCGGGUGCUAAGUGGAGCUAUGUCAUUUACGUCUCUGCCUCCCGGUGACGGACUCCCGCCUCAGUCUGAUGGUGGAGAACCGGAUCAGGGCGGAGCUGGAGCUCCACCCGGAGCUCUUCUGACCUCCGACAUCCGACCUCUGGAGCUCCACC